UAUCAUUUGUCAAAACACAUUAAAAGUGACAUUUUUUUUAUUUUCUUAGACAUAUAUUCUCUUUAAAAUCAUUGUCUAAUGAAAAGCUCUCAGUGUGUAGGUAAACAGCUAGUUUGGAAUUGCUUCAAUCACGAUGUAAAACACAAAGUCAAAAAGAAAGAUGAAUUUUAGUACAUUAUACUAGGGAAAAGAUACUUUGGCCGUAAGGAAGAAUGGUUCUGAUUGAAUCUACUUAUCUACAUAUCCCACAAUACAUUCAAAAAAUAUAAUGGUGUCCCUAUUGAGGAAAAUCAGCACGCCUUUAACUACUCACAUCAUUAGGAGCUAAAGAGAGCACUCAUCUACAAGAAUCCUUUCAUAGUUUUUCUUUACACACAGGAAAAUGUUCUUCAGAUCCUGUAGAAGGUUACAAGACGGUCCGGUUGAUGUUGGUUCACAGGGGACGAUAGGAUCACUCUUAAACAGGGAAAUUGAACAUUUGACAAGGCCUAAAUCGGAGCACUCAAGUGAGUCAAUGACCUCGACAAAGUCUAAAACUCAUUCUUCAUGGCCCGGUUUCAUUUUCGUGAUGCUGAAAUGGAAAAAGAAGAAGAGAAGGGCAAGUGGAGGAGGAUUACUACUAGGUGUUUGCUCUCUGGUGGAUAAUGUCUCUACGGAUAGGCAUAUGUUGAAUGAAAUCCAAAGGUUUAGUUAUGUGAAUCUUAAGGCUGAUUCCAACCAGAUUUGAAUAUUUUGCUCUCAUCAGCUUUCUCUUAUUUUAUUAUAUAUCUCAUCAGAUUCAGACAUUGUCAG